AUGGCAAAUUGCAAUCCCCAAACACCAACAGCCCUGGGGACUCAAUUGCCAGCCCAGCAACAGAACCCAGUAGGAACAGGGAUUAAAGAGGAAUUUCCUGACAGCCGCAGAAGAUGCACUGAGAAACAGCAAAUGGAGACCCCAGAGGAAUGGGACAGAAUCCUGAUUUCAAAUGAUCAUCGCGUUUAUAGUACGGUGAAGACUCUGGCCCAUGCCUUGAAUGCUGCAUAUUCCUCCAGGUCCAGGAAAAGAAGGAAGAAGGGCAAACAGAGGUUGGGGGCUCCAAGGCUGCAACCAUGGCAGUCUCUACCUGAAUCCAGAUGUGGGGAAAAUUGUCAUCCUGGAUUUGUCAAGCAGGCUCGGGAAGGAGAACCAGUUUGCUGCUACAAUUGCAUUCCUUGUCCGGAGGGGACCAUCUCCACUCAGGAAGAUGCUGAAAAAUGCACCAAGUGUCCAGAUGAUCAAUAUCCAAAUGAGGACAGAGUCCAAUGUAUCCCCAAAAUUAUAACCUUCCUGUCCUAUGAAGAACAUCUGGGCAUCAUCCUGGUCUCCUUUGUUCUCCUUUUGGCCUUAACCACAGGCUUGGUUUUAAUCACAUUCAUUAAAUACCUAGAAACUCCCAUCGUCAAAGCCAACAAUCGGGACCUCUCUUACAUUCUUCUCGUCUCCCUCCUGCUUUGCUUCUUGUCCUCCUUCCUCUUCAUUGGCCGACCAAGGAAAGCCACCUGCCUCCUCCAACAAAGUGUGUUCAGCAUCGUCUUCUCAGUUGCUGUGUCUUCUGUCUUGGCCAAAACAAUCACAGUGGUGCUGGCCUUCCUGGCCACAAAACCAGGAAACCAAGUGAGGAAGUGGUUGGGGAAGAUUUUGGCCAAAUCUAUCAUCCUUUCUUGCUCUGCUGUCCAAAUGAUCAUCUCUGUCGUGUGGCUGGGAGUUUCUCCUUCAUUCCCUGAGUCUGACAUGCACUCCCAGCCUGGAGAGAUAAUCCUGCAAUGCAAUCAAGGGUCUGUUGCCAUGUUCUAUAUUGCCCUUGGCUACAUGGGCUUCCUGGCAGCCAUCUGCUUCACGGUGGCUUUCCUGGCCAGGAACCUGCCUGGGGCCUUCAACGAAGCCAAGCUGAUCACCUGCAGCAUGCUGGUCUGCUGCAGUGUCUGGGUCUCCUUUGUGCCCACCUACCUGAGCACCAAGGGGAAGUACGUGGUGGCCGUGCAGGUCUUCUCCAUCUUGGCCUCCAGUGCUGGCCUUCUGGGCUGCAUCUUCAUCCCCAAGUGCUACAUUAUUGUUCUGAGGCCAGAUCUAAACACUAAGGAACAUCUAAUGAUAACAAUAAAGUAG